AUACUCACAAACGUAAGACUCCCCCUAUUAUACCUGAUGCAAAAUAGGCACGAAAUUAUAAAUGGGAAAAUGGUACUUUCCCUCCUUAAAAAAAACAAUAUAAAAAAGAUCCUACCUGAUUCUCACGCGUGCAAGAUUUCUCGUUCGAAACGUUCCAACACCAGCCAGCCAGGUGUUCGUAGUCGUUUAGUGGUAUUGUGUGGAACUAUUAGUCGUUAUAUACUAUCGUUGCUCGAUACUUGUAAAAGGAAGGGUAGGCAAAAGCGCUAAGAGCACAUCUCUAUGAUUAAUGCAGCUAAACAUCUGCACACGAUAAACAGUAUACAGGGUUAAAACAGAUGAAGAAAAGUAUAUAAAAACAGACGCAAAAAAAGAAACGUUUAAAACAAUACACAUUAACGCACGAUCCGUUGAUCGGUAGUGUUUUGUAGGAUAGUGGUACAGGUAGGUGGGUUGUUGGUGCGACACUGCGGCCUUUCGCCCUAAUCGGGCACGUUGCCUGCUUGCUGCGCACGUGUACCACAGGCCGCGUUAGCGAGAACUGAUAUAAGCAUAGUUUAUUUUUCUAAUAGGAAGUAGCGAAAGCCAGAGUCCAGAUUUUAAUGCGGCACGCGUGCAAUUGAGAUAAUGUUAUAGUAAAAAGUAAUGUGUGUGUUAAAGUCAGAACCGAAAGUGAGUGGUCAGUGUUUGUGUAGGUUUGUGUAGGAUAUAUCCACACAUCUGACUGUCGUGUUUAGCGUCUUUCUCUUGCGUCCCGAAAGCGUGGACAGCGUGAGCUAGGGUCGUUUGCAAUCGUUAACUAAAUGAGAGAGAGAGAGAGAAGGGGAGAAAUCGUUCCACCCAGCACUAGGAUGGGUGCAUUUUAGCUCGAAAAUUAAACAAGAACAAUUCAACGUGCGUCUUUUGUGUGCCGAAUGCCGAAUGGAAUCGAUUAAAUCCGAAAGGUUCGAUGAUUUAUUUAUGCCGUUUAAUGCAUCCAAUUCACUUACCACUUGCUCCAGUUCCCACCAUUUAGAUGGUUAAGCAAUCUUUACCGGCUGUGAGCGCCACUACUGUCCGGUAUAAAAGGAUGUCGAAGCUACCGGAACCCCUUACAAGUGGCGUGACGAAUCAAAGUGCUGCACAGUGGAAAACAGUGGCAUGAAGAACAAAGUGUCCCUCGACUCUAUUAUCUCGAUCAUCGAGAUGAACGUCAAGUUCUACCGGCUGCUCGGUUUGGCACCGUUCGAGCUGAACACGUGCCGCGUUCGGCUGUCGAAACCGUUCUGCUGCGCGGUGGGCGGUUUCGUGACGCUCUACUGGACCGCCAUGGUGUCGUCGAUCGCGACCAGCAACCACGCGAACGAUCGCAUCUCGCGCAUCUCCAACUACUUUCAGCUCAUCACGAACGCGAUCAUGCUGACGGCGAUCCUGCUGAUGCCCGCCUUCCGGUUGCGCAACUUUGCCGAGGUGACGCGCGCGUUGCGCAAACUCGAGCAGGAUCUGCAGCAGGACGCGAUCCCGAGCAACUGCCGGCAGAUGGCACGGUGGAACAUUGGCAUCGUGGUCGGUACGGUGACGGUGCUGCUGCUGGCGACCGCCUUUGACUGCUACGUGACCGUUUUCCGGGGGUUUAUCCGGGUGGACUACUGGAUCAUUACGAUACUGCCGCAGUUUGUGAAUGUGAUUGCGGUGACGCAGGUCGUGCUGCUGCUGCUGUACAUUAAUGCGCGCUUUCGGAAGCUUAAUCAGCUGCUCGAGGAGGAACAGCACCCGGUGGCGGGCAGGAAGCGGUUAGAGCGGUCGAGCCGGCUGACCGGAAACCUGCCGGCGAAUGAUCCGAAGAAGAUCAGCCUGCACGUGAUCGAGGUGCACGGGUGUGGCAUUGAUGCGGCGAACCUGAAGCAUCUGCAGCUGCCGAAGGUGCUGUACCGGUAUAAUGAUCUGUACGACAUCUGCAAGCUGCUCGAUCGGUACUUUGGGCUGCUGUUUCUGCUGACCUUUACGUCGAUCUUCAUCGUGACGACGAUCCAGCUGUACUACAGCUACACGAUACUGUACUGGUUUACGGGCGAGAACGGGUUUACGAUCUGGUCGCUGAUGGUGUGCCUGAAUACGAUCUCGAUCAAUCUCGGCGUGCUGCUGACAAUCGUGCUGCUGUGCGAGAAGAUUUCGAACAAGACGAAGCACGCGAACGAUCUGCUGGCGGACCUGCAGCUGCGUGGCUCGCGGUACAUGUCGUCGGAGGAAGUCAUCAAACUGACGGUUCCGUUCCAAGCGCCCAACAAGGUGUUCAAGUUCUCAGCGAUGGGCUUUUUCCAGAUCGAUUGCAACAUGCUGUGUGGGAUGAUUGGAGCAAUCACGACCUAUUUGGUAAUUUACAUCCAGUUCUACAUCCUGUAUGCGGAUGAGGUGAAGAAGUCAUCGUUCGUGUCCCGAUUCCAGAUUUGAAGCAAACGGUGCAACAGUUUGUGUAGCUUGUCUCAUUUGGUACUGCAUCUUUGGCCACGCUUUUUCUUCUGCUGCAUGGCUUUUCGUCUUGUUGAUGUUUAUCUUUUUUAAAAAUACAACUUUUCCUUCUUGUGACUGUGUUUUGUUGUUGAUAAAUGUGCUGA